AUGCGUCGGGUGCUGCCGCCGCUCCGCCGCUGGCUCGGGGGGCGGCCGGCCGGACCCACAGGACUCCGCGGGCUCUGCAGCGCCGUCGCCGGCCUCGCCGCGCCGCCCCCCGGGGAGAGCGGAGGCGGCACCAAGCCCAACAUACCUACCUUUGGCUUCCUCUUCGACACUGACGGGGUACUGGUACGAGGAAAGACUCCAAUUCCUGCUGCAAAAAAAGCCUUUCAAAAGCUAGUUAAUUCUCAGGGACAAUUCUUGGUGCCUGUAGUAUUUGUCACCAAUGCAGGAAACUGCCUUCGCCAGAAGAAAGCUGACCAGUUGUCUCAUAUUUUGGGAGUGCCGAUUUCACAAGACCAAGUUGUGAUGUCUCAUAGUCCUUUACGGAUGUUCAAACGUUACCAUGACAAAUGCAUUCUGGUGUCGGGGCAAGGACCACUUCUUGAUAUUGCCAAAUAUCUGGGUUUUUGUCAGCCUAUUACCAUUGAUAUACUGCGUGAGACAUACCCUUUACUGGAUAUGGUUGACCAUGACAGACGGCCUAAAGUUUUGCAUUUGCCAGCUGUGGAACUUCCCAAAAUUGAGGCUGUUGUUUUGUUUGGCGAACCAGUCAGAUGGGAGACUAAUCUUCAACUGAUAAUAGAUGUUCUGCUGACGGGUGGCUGUCCUGGAAAGCCACAUCAUCAAGCCAGUUACCCACAUAUACCCGUGCUUGCUUGUAAUAUGGAUCUGAUGUGGAUGGCUGAAGAACAGUCUCCAAGAUUUGGGCAUGGAACAUUCAUGGUUUGUUUGGAAAAUAUUUACAAGAAGAUCACUGGCAAAGAACUGAAAUAUGAGGCCUUGAUGGGCAAACCCAGUGAACUGACCUAUCACUAUGCAGAGUACCUGAUUAGGAUGCAGGCAGCACAAAGACACUGGAAGAAGCCUAUUCAAACUCUUUAUGCCAUUGGGGACAACCUAAUGACUGAUAUCUAUGGUGCUAACCUUUAUAAUCGCUACCUUGAAGAGAAGAAUUCCAGAAAAGGUUCCAAAGGGCUUAUCCAGGCCAAAGUUGCUGCUGGGACCACGUCUGCCACUAUUUCUCAGGAUGAUGAAAUAGACCACACUUGGCAAAAUGAACUAGCACCUGCUACUGCCACCAAUUGUAGGUCUGUUCUUGUUUGUACUGGGGUUUACAAUCCUCACACAGAGGUGCCCUCUGACACCAGAGAGAGUAUAACUGAGACUGUGUUCCAUGGUCACAGAGAUUUUAGAUUUGAUCCUGCUUUGGUAGAGCCAGACCAUAUUGUACCAGAUGUUGAUGCUGCUGUAGAUCUGAUCUACCAACUGGAGAAUUUUGCACCUAAUCAAGAUACUAGAACUUUUUAAGGAUUACCUAGUGUUCUUCAUCCAAAAGCACAUCAGGGUUUACAGCACAGUACAAAAUGUUGCUUUCUAACACGUUUA